AUGGUAGCUGCUAAAAGAUCGGCCUCGACCAAGUCCGCUGCUCGCAAGAAGGCCAAGCAGGAGCCUGACUCCGAAUCCGAAUCCGACGUCGCGAGCUCGAGUGGAAGCGAGCAUGGACAGCCAUCCGAAGCCGAAGCCGAUGACACCAAGCCCAAGACGAACAACAGCAUGAAGUCCGAGGCUAAAUAUGGGGUCAUUCCGACGGAUCUGCCCGAGGGGAUGAGCGCGACUCCGCUGGCCAAGCUGUACAAUGCCAUCGACGACCUCGCAAAAGCCAAAAAAGCGCCGAGCUCGGGCAAGGAUGCGGUUGUGGUCUACUGGAUGAGGUCAGUCCGCUCAAGCUGCUUUUGGUCCGGCAGGAAUAACUCUAAUAUCACCCAUCACGCGUCCAUUCACAGGAACAAGGACCUACGACUGGAUGAUAACCGAGCUCUGGCCCAUGCCUGUGCUGUCGCAGGAGAAAAGUCGUUGCCUCUCCUCGUCUUGCAUAUCUUCUCGCCCUCGGACUAUGAGGCCCACGACCGAUCACCACGUCGCAUCGACUUCAUGCUUCGUCAAUUGGCGUACCUGCAGGAAGAGCUGGCCAAGAAGGAUGUCCCCCUCUUGACCGUGACCUGGGAUGAUCGCACCGAGAUCGUCGACAAGCUGCUCAAGUGCCUCAAAGACGAUUGGAAAGCUGCAGCGCUCUACGGCAACAUCGAGUACGAAGUUGACGAGCUGAGGCGAGACGAACAGAUCUUGCGUGAGGUGAUCGACUCGAGGAGCAGCGGUAAGGGCUGGGCUGGGGAGGUGGCUUUCCUGAAAGAUUUUGUCAUUGUACCCCCGGGUGAAAUCGUGACCAAGGUUAGUCCGUCCUGUGCUAUCGUAGCGAUCACAACACUCACGAGACCAAAAAUCGAUACCUCCAGCAAGGGAAACCGUACUCGGUGUUCAGCCCGUGGUUCAAAAACUGGGCCAACACCGUUGCCAGCGACAUGCUCUCUUACGUCGGCGAUGCGGGAGGACUCGAGGCAAACCCCAAGUCAGCACGGCAACACGCUGUCCUAAAGCCGUUCUUCUCGCACAAGUUGCCGAAAUCAAUUCAAGGUUUCACCCUGUCCGAAGCCGACGCCAAGCAGAUGCAAAAGACGUGGCCCGUCGGCGAGAAGACGACGCGCGAAGUCAUGCACCGCUUCCUCAAGACCAAGGUUCGCAAACAAAAGUUCUUCAAGCCCCCACUUGCCGAUGGAGCCGAGGAGGUCGACGAUCCGCUGAAGAAGUCCAAGAUCGGGGAAUACGCCACGGGCCGUAAUCGCGUCGAUUUGGACGGCACUUCCCACAUCUCGCCUUACCUCGCUGCUGGAUUGAUCUCGCCUCGAGAGACGCUGAGGAUGACGAUGAAGUUGACCAAGAACCAACUGUACACGGGUCGCGAUCAGGGAGGAGUUGGUGUUUGGGUUAGCGAGGUUGCAUGGAGGGACUUUUACCAACACGUAUUGGCGGCCUGGCCGAGGAUUUGCAUGAACCGAGCUUUCAACCCCAAGUUCGAGAACGUCGUUUGGGAGCACAGCGAGGAGAACCUUCAGGCGUGGAAGGACGGCAAGACCGGCUACCCCAUAGUGGACGCGGCCAUGCGAUCUCUCAAUGCGCAGGGUUAUAUGCAUGUAAGUCCCAUCGUGGGGAUGUCGUAAUACGGGGCUCGCGCUGAUGUGUCUUUGUAACGCAGAACCGAUGCCGAAUGAUCGUGGCCAUGUUCUUGACCAAGGAUCUGCUCCUCGACUGGCGUCUUGGCGAAAAGUAUUUCAUGCAGCAACUCAUCGAUGGCGACUUGGGAUCCAACAAUGGAGGAUGGCAAUGGAGUGUGAGUGUUCCCGCUACCUCCACCAUGUUUGUUCAGAACUCAUUUAUUGCGCUCCCUCGGAUAUCUUGAAACAGUCAUCUACUGGAACGGACCCCCAGCCCUACUUCCGUAAGUUUGAAUGUCUUCGGCCGCGAUCGAGAAGAGCUAGACUUUUUUGAACUGAGCUGAACUUUUCAUCAUCGUUCAUCGUUCAGGUGUUUUCAACCCUACGGCGCAGUCGGAGAAGGCGGAUCCCGAGGGCGACUACAUCCGUCACUGGGUACCCGAGUUGAGCAAGAUUAGGGGCAAAGGUACUUCCAGACCUGCAUCCAAGUUCACUCCACCUAGUCUCGUGCUGACAUAACCUUCCUUGGAUCCGAUACAUCUUCUAGCCAUCCACGAACCGUCCGCGACGAUGAGCAAGAAAGAGAUUGAAAAGAUGGGGUACGUGAUGCCGAUCGUUGACCACGCCAACGCGAGGAAACGCGCGAUCGCUCGCUUCAAGAACCCUGGUAUGAGUGAUGACGAGUGA